AUCCUCCUACAGGUCCUCCACCAGAUCCUCCAUCAGGUUCUCCAUCAGACCAUGGGGUCUCCUUCAUGAGCAGAUCUUCUCAGACUUUAACCAAAGCUGCCUGUGCAGGGAGCAGUGCUCCCCUCUAAGGCGGCAUCAUGGGGGCCAAGCAGACCAAAGGCCAGGAGCCCGCGGGGGCCAGUCCCCAACACAGCUGGAAACGGACACCCACCAAGGAGAGGGGGGGGGACAUCUUGGCCUCCCUGAUGCUAAAGUCUGGAGACCGGCUGAACCGCGGCAGGACGCCACCUCCUCCGUACCAGCGCCGCAUCGGGAUGAUCCAGGAGAUGAUGAUGAUGGCCAAGCAGGGGAAGCAGGACGAAGCCACAGAGAUGCUGAAGACGCUCAGACAGGACCUGGGCAUGGAGUCGACCUCGCUGGACGACGUGCUCUAUCGCUACGCCAGCUUCCGGAACCUGGUUGAUCCCAUCACCCAUGACCUGAUCAUCAGCCUGGCCCGAUACGUCCACUGCCCCAAGACGGAAGGAGAUUCUCUGGGAGCGAUGGAGAAGGUCUGCCGCCAGCUGACCUACCAUCUCAGCCCCCACUCUCAGUGGAGGAGACACGGGCUGCUCAGGAGGAAACCUCAGGCCUGUCUGAAGGCGGUGCUGUCGGCGCCGUUGGCCAGCGGCGCCCUGGAUCUGUCCGGCAUCCCUCUGACGACCCGGGACAUGGAGCGCCUGUCUGCACACCUGCAGCGUCACGCAUCCACCGUGGUCAGCCUGGAGCUGGGCUUCACCGAGCUGACGGACGAGGCCUUCCUGCUGUUGCUGCCCACCCUGGCCGCCCUGCCGCACCUGGAAACGCUGGCCCUGAACGGAAACAGGCUGACCAGGGUGAUCCUGAAGGAGCUCACCGACGCCCUGAAGGAUCCCAGCAGUUUUCCCAGUGUGACCUGGAUCGACCUGGGGAACAACGUGGACAUCUUCUCCCUGCCUCAGCCCUUCCUGGUCAGCCUGAGGAAGCGCUGCCCCAAGCAGGGAAACCUGCCCACCAUCCUGGAGUUCGGUGAGAGUCAGGCCAGCGAGCCGCCCGAAAGGCCGAGGGGCCUCGGGGAGGAGGAGGAGACGGACGACACCAACCUGACGGAGAGCAUGGGAGAACUCGGAUCAGAGGUGGAGGGGGAGAUGGACGGAGAGACGGAGAUCGAGGAGAUGAUGGAGGAGCUGCUGGACUUUGAUCGGGAAAUCCAGGGCAAGGAGGACGAGGAGGAGAGCAUGUGGACGUUAGGGGAGCAGAGGAGAGCGACGGUGAGGAGCAGGAGAGCGCAGCAGGAGGAGGAGGAGGAGGAAAACAUCAGGAAGGACCAGAGGAGACGACCUAGAAGGAAGGCGGUGAUGGCGGAGGACGAGGACGACACCCAGAGCCGCUCGUCACACAUGUCCUUCUCCAGCCAGUCCCAGCACUCCUUAGCUGCAGCCGAGCCAAUCAGGGUGGAGGAGGAGGACCUGACGGACCAAUCAGAGCCCUUAACCUGAGCAGUGCUCCCACCUGCUUGUGUUUUCCUUCUUGUGUCCCGUCCUGAGUGGACAGAGGCAGUGGGGGCCUGUGGGUCCCUGCAGGCUGCAGCGUUAGCAUGCUAACCCCCCCAUGAGGCUCCUGUGAGCAGAAUGUUCCUCAGUCAGGUCCUUCCUUGUUUUAAUGCUAAUGCCUACAUGUGCCUGUAGCACCUCAGCUCAGAGCAGGGGUCAAAGUUCAGAAGAGAGACGUUCCAUUCAGAGGGAGCGAAUAAGGAAAACAUGGAGUUAAUCGCUGCCUUCAAGCAAGCAUCAAACAUUAACACGCCUUUAUGCUCAUAGUUCAGCUCACGCUCCACUUCCUGUUACCGUGGCGCUGUGUUUAUAUCUACCCCCUCCCCCACUGUCCCUAUGGAGGUAGCAGUAUGUAGCUCCACCCUGCUUCCCUCAGCGCCUCACAUCAUGCAAAGCUUUAAUAGAUUAACUGUAUUUCUGGUUCUGCUGUAAAUAGGAAAAUUAUCUCAGCGUAUUUAAGCUUUGGCUGUUUGAAGGAGUUACCGGGUAGCUUAGUUAGUAACUUAUGAUAACCAGGAGAUUAUAUUUAGUAUUAAUCUGGAUCAGAUGAACCAGACUGCUGCUUAAUUAAUGGUAUUUAUUGGUCCCUUCAUCCAAGCUUCAUCCAAAGGCAGCAGAUGAAUGAAGUCAGUCGAUGCCUGGUUGAGCCUCCAUGGAGGCCCCUCUGUGUGACGGAGCAGGUAACCUGCUGGUAAUGAGGACAGUUAGGAAGGCCGCCCAUCGGUUCAGCUUUAAAAGGAUAAUUUCUCUUCAUCUUCCUCCUUCUUCUUCUUUUUCCAUGAGUUUUCAUUGUAGAAUAACAGAAAUCAGUGAUUUUUAAGAUCAAAUGUUCCAAUCUUGGAUUUAAAUUAAUCAUUUUUUUUACUGUUAUCUAAAAGAUGAAUCGUCUCUCUUCGUAAUGAUUUUGUUUUCACCCCAUUUCAGGCUUUCAACUCAUCAAAUAUGAAAAUUAUGUCCAUUAAACGACUCAGUCAUUCCAUUUGAUAUGACAUAUUUCCAUACGUCAGACAGUAAUCAGGCGUCUGCAGGGCGGGUUUCAUGAUCAUGGUGAUGUCAUCCUCAGGUAUAUGACGGCCAAAAUAUGAAUGUUCUACAAAUAAAUAAAUGUAACAUUGAUUUAUUUAUCUAAAACAGAAUCCCAAAGAUUUUAGACAAUUACGAUGCAACAAUCUGGACCCUUAAAAUAUAAAUUGGAGUGGAGCAGGAGCGGAGCUAGAUGGGGGGCCAGGGGUGGCCAUGGCCACCCUUAGCCGAUCAUUGGCCACCCCUAUCAUUUAUUCCCCUCUAAGACAGAUGGUGGCAACAGUAAUACUCUCAAGUGAA